GAUAUCCGAGCCUUUGGUUUCAUCGUAGCCGUCCAUGUAAGUUGAUUGCCUGCUUAUUUGCAUUUCACGCGCCAACCAAAACCGAACCAUGCUGCGCGGCUCUAUAACGCCCAAGAAUCUCGUCAUUGUCCUCCGCGCCACCACCUCCAUCUCCCGAGCCCGCCUCUCCUCCCCGGCCGGCGACCAAACCCCUCCCUGGAUCUCCUCCAACCAAAUAAUUCAACGCCACCCCCGCCUUCUUGCCCUCGAGACAUGCGACUCCCCGCGCCAGCUCCAACCCAUCCUCGCCUACGCCAUCGUCUCCGGCCUCUUCCGCAACCCCUUCGUCGCCAGCCGCGUCCUCCACUCCGCCGUCUCCUCCUCCCCGCCCCCUGACCUUGCCUUCGCCUCUCUUAUCUUCUCCCAGAUGGAAAAGCCCAACCUCUUCUCUUGGAACGCCAUCAUCAGAGCCCUCGCCGCUUCUGAAGACCGCUCCCCUUCGGCCGCCUUCUCCGUGUAUGCCGAAAUGCUCCAGAGAGGAACUCUCCCAGAUAAGUACACCUUCCCUUUCUUGCUCAAGGCUUGCCGCUCUUCUCGUGAUCUCUGUUUGGGUAGACUGGGUCAUGCUCAUGCCUUAGUUCUGGAUUUUGUUGCUGAUCCGUUCGUGCAGACAGCGAUUGUGCGGAUGUAUUUGUCAUGUGGGUGUCUAGGAGAUGCACACAAGGCGUUCGAUGGAAUGCCCCAUAGAGAUGUUGUCGCAUGGACUGCGAUGAUCUCAGGUCUAAUCGACCAAGGUUGCCAUUGGGAGGCAUUGGAGGUGCUUAAUGAGAUGAGGUUUAGUGGUUUGGAUGCAAGUCCUAAUGUUGCUACGAUGGUCUCCGCCAUGUCGGCAUGUGCGAAUGUGGGGUCUCUGGUUCAUGCCAAGGGCUUGCAUUCAUAUGUGGAGAAAGUUGGCUUAGAAGGGGAUGUUUUCAUUAGGAAUUCAUUGAUUGACAUGUAUGCGAAGUGCGGGAGCAUUGCUCAUGCUGUUCAAGUGUUUCAUAGCAUGAGUGAGAGGGACUUGCAUUCCUGGACAACCUUAAUUACUGGCUUGGCUUCACAUGGGUUUGGUAAGGAAGCUCUUGAUGUAUUCUCACAGAUGCAAAGGAUGGGUGUUGUGCCAGAUGCGACCACCUUUGUCGUGGUUCUUUCUGCUUGCAGCCAUGCAGGGUUGGCAGUCGAGGGGCUUGAGAUUUUUGACUCCAUGGAGAGGGUACAUGGAGUUGUGCCAGAGCUCAAGCAUUAUGGGUGCAUGGUGGAUCUUUUAAGUAGGGCAGGACUCUUAGAUCGUGCCUACAAGCUUGUCUCAAGCAUGCCCAUAGAACCCAACUUGGCGAUUCUGGGGGCUUUGUUGAGUGCAUGUAGAAUUCACGAUAAUUUAGAGAUAGCUGAACUUGUUUCAAAGAAAAUUAAGUCAAUCUGCAGGUACAAAGGAGGUGUCCAUGUGCUUCUAUCAAAUAUGUAUGCAAAUAAACAACAAUGGAAUGAAGUAGCUUCAAUCAGGGAGAUGACAGGAAGGGAUGCAAGUAAGCCUCCAGGGUGGAGUUGGAUUGAAGUGAGAGGUGUCAUUCAUGAGUUCUUGGUUGAGGACAGAUCACAUCCACAUUAUGAGGAGAUGCAUUUGGUGUUGCAUGGAUUGGGGAAAUUGAUGGAAGAAUUUAUUUAAUAUGAGCUCCAUUCAGAAGACAAUAUCUCUGAUCUGAGUUUGUCUUGAAACAGUUUGGAUUAAAGUUUGAUGGUAAUAGAUUGAACUCUGCUCCAUUGAUCGUGCUCUCCAGCAAUGAGCUAUAUCCUGGCUAAUCAAUCAGGGCACAAAUGAAAAUGGAGGAAUAUUGUUCUAAGAGAGAGUGGGCAUUCUCUUGGACCAUGUUGUCUCUUACAGAGACAAAAGCUUCCUGCUCCUGAGAGAUCCAGGCCAUGUACAGACCGUCAUCAGGGGUUCCACAACUUGGUAUGAAACUUUUAAGCACUGGCGGUGGACUUAUGUGCGUGGUGCCGUGCCAAAUUGUUUUCAUGGGGAGCAAUCGAGGAUCAUAGCUGGAUCGACGUGCGAGGAUAAGAUGAUGUGACAUGCAAACAAGUCAGGAUGCUACCUCCCAGAUUUUAUGAAAGAUAACAAAUAAAACCCAGAUAUACUCUUACUAAAAGUUAAAGUUGGAGAACGUAUACCACUUCCAGCCGAACAACAGGGAAUCGCUACAGGUCUGUACACUGACAGAGCUAACAGUCCCAUGCUAAAGUGGCAAAAUCAUAUCAUCUUGGGAGGAUCCGGCACCAUUAAUAUCUUGCAUGGGAUUCAAGAAAUUUAUAAUCUCGAGGAUUCAGAAACAGUCAUCACUUCAGAGAUUCAUAAUCAGAGAUCUAAUCAUCCAUUGUUGAUGGAUAUUUGGAGGAUUAAAUCCAGCAUUGUUUCAUUUGCUGCAAAAUAUGUUUUCAGGGAGACUUACAGAAUAAUAGACUGGAUGGCGACCACUUAUAUUGAAUCAGUAUUGAGAAACCUUGUCUUUA